GCCCGGGGGGCGCGGUGCGCAGUGUGAGGCCCGCGCCCACAGUCUCCGAUGAGCUCUCCGUCUGUGCCCCGAGACCUGCAGCUGCCCCCGAGUCGGAGGGGCCAGUCCGAGUUCAGGGAACAAAGAAAACACAAACUCAAGGAACAUUUAUUAAGAAGAAAAACCUUUUUUUCAUUGAAGCAGGAAAAUCGAAUAUUAUCCAGUUCUGGAAACCAAACAGUGAUGAUAUCUGAGGACCAGAUCCAGAAAGGAACUAGAGUUCCGAAUCUUGAAGAGAAAAUGGCUGAUAAAGAAAAUAUCAGUACACCUAUAAAGAACAAAAAUCAUGCAGCAGAGAACAAGAAUGGCAUUCCGUUAAAGCCGUCUAAUGAGUUGAACAGUUCAGCUGCAGCAAUGGGUGGGAAGCUUUUACAUGAUGGAAAUCAGGCUGUACAGCUACCAGUUAAGGACGACUGUCAAAGUCAGCAUAUGACAUUGAGCCAGGCAUUCCACCUUAAAAACAACAAUAAAAAGAAGCCAGUAACUGUGGAAAAGCCAAAACAAGAUUCUAACAUGCCCAAAAAGCCCGUGCUUGGAUCUUACCGUGGCCAAAUCGUCCAGUCUAAAGUUAAUUCAUUCUGGAAAUCACUACCUGGCAAAGAUGUGAGUUCGACAACAAAAAAACCGCUCGUGACUGCCGUCUCCAAAGUCCAAAAGCCACAGCCUGUAAACACUAGCAAUGCAACAGUGAAAAGUGAGCGAGCUUCACACACGACAGCUCAGGGCACACAGCUCGUGCGCCCUCUUAUCAGAAGUCACCAGGUCAAUACCCACCACACCAGGGAACCAGGCGUCGCCAGAACCUCUGCCAAUGUUACCAUUCCCAAAGGGCCUCGGGAGAAAGAAUCAUUGCAGUCCAAAGCAGCCUUCCCCAGCAUUAAAGCCAGCGCUUCUCAGGACAUAAGGCGAAGCCAGGCACUGUCCUGCGGCGUGGUGCCUGCAUUGCGGGUGAAGCCUACUGCAGCUUCCUCUACCAAGUUGGUGGAGAAGCCCAAGCCCACGGGCCAGCAGAGACCUGCUGCAAGUGCAAAAGCAGCUGUUAGCAGCAAGGCAGGUCAGCCCAAAGAAACUGCAGAACAGAGAAAAUCUCGUCUGAGUGAGUGGAAAGCUGCCAAAGAAAGGGUGCAGAAAAGGCCUCCUAACCCUGGGGUCAAGCAGCCUGAGCCCAAAGAGCAGGAGGAAACCCCAGUCGGGUCCUUCUGGACCACCAUGGCAGAAGAGGAUGAACAAAGAUUAUUCACUGACAAAGUGAACAAGACAAUUUCGGAGUGCCUCAACCUCAUCAAUGCGGGAUGCCCCAAAGAAGAAAUAUUGGCCACAUUGAAUGACUUGAUUAAAAAUAUUCCAGAUGCCAAACAACUCGUUAAAUAUUGGAUUUGUAUUGCAAAACUGGAAGCAGACACAAGCAGUAUCGAAGACAUUAUUGAAAUCUAUGAGAAGGCCAUUCUGGCAGGGGCUCAGCCUAUGGAAGAGUUGCGGCACAUAAUCGCGGACAUUCUAGCCAGGAAAUGUCAAGAGGCUAAUCUUGGAGAAAAAACUGAAGAGGCUUAUGGAACCAAGGAAGAAACCCAAGAAGACAACACUGAAGAGAAAGGCCUUAAUCAGACACCAGUGAAACAGGAGGCGGAGAGCAAACAUCACAGCAGUGUGGCAUUUGCAGAUUGUGAAAAAGAACAAGAUGACAAAACGAAAGAUUCAGCCAGUGAUGUCCUAACCCCCAGUACAGAAGCUGGAUCAAGUAGCAUAAUUAAAUACAAUGUAUCUACCACACCAUACUUGCAAAGUGCAAAAAAGAAGAUGCAAUUUAAUGAAACAAAUUCUGUGUUUAAAGAAUUGAAGUUUCUGACACCAGUGAGGCGUUCCCGACGUAUUCAAGAGAAGACGUCAAAAUUGCCAGACAUGUUGAAAGACCACUAUCCUUGUGUGUCUUCCCUGGAACAGCUGUCAGAGUUGGGAAAUGAAGCCGAUGCUUUUGUCUGCCGCCCCAAUGCAGCGCUCUGGCCGAUGUGCUCUGAGACGAAUGCAGCAGAAGGGGAAUAAAGGAAGCAUGGGGUUUGUAGAGUUCCCGAGUA